CCGACAGGACCCCUGGUUCUGGCAACACUAGCCGGCACAGCACUACGGCGACUAAUGACAGAGCGAACCAACAUGACAUGGGCCUUACACGUCAUGCUGCGACCCUCGAUGAGCAGGAUAAAGUGCAUUGUCAUGAUUAGCAAUAAGAACGUUUGAGAACAAGUGCAAAUCGCAAUUCUAGAUAGAUAAAUAUUAGACAUUCUACUUUUCUACACAAUUUGUUGAAUUUAUAAACCGACCAGCAGAGCUAGGAAUCGUCUUUGAAGAACUUAUAAUCGACGUAGACUCCGUAGACUGCGGUCAAUCAAUCCCGUGUAAGAAUAGACGACCCAAACUUGCUAUUUAACAGGAAACAGGUCACCAAAUUUGUAAGAUUCAGUAAUUACGAUAUAACUAUCAAAUUUAACUAAUAAAUUCAUUAUUCUAGCUUGAAGCUAACCUUCCGUGAGAAAUCGAGUUUGCUUUCUUGAGUUGGUGUCGCCUAACCCCACAUUCUUCAAGAAAUUUGUGGUAGCUAGCAAGGAUGGAUGAUCGUAUAUCCCAGCACCUGAUAUCCCCUCGGAACUGCCAAUCCUGUGACCGGCCCGAUGCUGCGGAGAGCGAGAUGGUCCAAUGCGGUGUUUGCCGACAUUGGGAGCACUUCGGAUGCGCCGGAGUUGGCAGUGAAGUGAAGCAACCAAAUGUCAGGUAUGUUUGUAAACAAUGUUCGGCCAAGCAGGGAACAUCCGGCGAAGGUGUCUUUCUCGCUCCGGGCGAGGAAAAGCGAAAAUCGAAGGGAUCAAAGGCGAGUUCGAAAGCACCUUCGAAAAAAGGGAAAGUGGUUCCUGACCCGCCGAAAAGUGUUAGCUCAAGCGUGCGGGCAAAGUUGUUGGCGGAGGAAUUAAAGCUGGUCGAGGAAGAACAGCGGUUGAUGGAGAUGGAACUCCAGGAGCAGGAAGAGAUCAAGAAGCGGCAGUUAUUCGAGGAAGAACGUAAGUUGGUGGAAAAACGUCGUCUCGCGGAAGAGGAAAGUAUCAUCCGAGACCGAAAGCUGCAGGAUGAGCUGGAACUGAAGCGGAAGCAGAUGCAGAUCCGCAAGGAGUCCCUGGAGAAACGCCAAGCCAUUAUCCGUCAGGCAGCGUCGAUGAGUAGCAGAAGCGGUUCGAUUCCGGACUCGGACGAAAAGGUGAAUAAGUGGCUGAAUUCGCAGAAGAAUGUUGGAGGAUUGAAAGGACCUACGGAGGGCGACGACAACGACCAUAUGCAGUCUGUCGAUCAGGACCCACUGGACGAACCCGUCAACCCAACACUUCAUCUCCCCGAUCUCGGUGCGCUAUCAAUCCAGCCGAAUCCUCCGCGAUACCCAAAUUCACCCGCUCCAGGGAUACGGAGCGGUCACGAUCCAGCGACUACAUGCACUCCACACACACUUACGCAAGUUCAAAUUGCCGCGCGGCAAGUUCUCGGAAAGGAUCUCCCUAGCUUCGGAGGAAGUCCUGAGGAUUGGCCGAUUUUCAUCACCAACUUCGAACAGUCCACUGCUACCUGCGGUUAUUCGGAUGCGGAGAACCUGGUCCGCCUGCAGCGGUGUUUGAAGGGUAACGCCUUGGAGUCCGUACGCAGCCGGCUGCUGCUACCAGCUAGUGUGCCGCACGUCAUCAAGACCCUGCGCAUACUUUAUGGAAGACCAGAGCUUCUUAUUCGGUCGCUACUAAACAAGAUCCAGCAAGUUCCCGCACCCAGACAUGAUCGACUGGAGACGCUGAUCCAGUUUGGACUCUCAGUACAGAAUCUGGUGGACCACCUCAAGGCCGCCGAGCAGUUGAAUCACCUUUCGAACCCGGCGUUGAUGCAGGAGCUCGUGGAAAAGCUGCCUGGAUCCCUGCGGUUAGAUUGGGCCAUCUACAAAAACAAAAACCAACCGGCAACUCUGGAAACGUUUGCGGAUUUCAUGUCGGGACUAGUGACUGCAGCGAGCGAGGUGUCAUUCGAGCUUCCGACACUGGGAGCCACAUCAAGAGGCGAUAAGCGGAAAUCCAGGGACAUCGGGAUCGUCCAUACCCAUGUUGCUGAACGAACCCCUGAAUCAUCGGGCGGACCAUCCGUCGGCACCAGCGCUAAGAAUGGCAAGCCCUGCGUAGCGUGCGGCCGGACCGGGCAUCGAGUUGCAGAAUGUCACCAGUUCAAGAGUGCGACAGUGGACGAACGCUGGAAACUCGUUCAGCAGAAGGGGCUGUGUCGCACAUGCCUGAACAGCCACGGCAAGUGGCCGUGCCGCUCCUGGAAUGGGUGUGGCAUUGAAGGGUGUCGCCAAAAGCACAAUACUCUUCUCCACACCUCCUCUCCGUUGCCCGAAAAUAUAGGAAUGUCUGCGAGCCACGUGUCGUCAGAGGAUUGCAAGUGGCCACUCUUCCGCAUCGUUCCAGUCGUUCUCUUCAGCGACGGUUUCUCUAAAACAAUUUUCGCCUUCAUCGAUGAGGGUUCUUCCUAUACUCUACUGGAGGAGUCCGUUGCGAAGCAGCUUGGGGCCAAUGGUCAGCUAGAACCACUAACCCUUCAGUGGACCGGGAACGUGAAGCGAAAAGAACCCACAUCACAGCGCUUACAGCUUGAGAUCUGCGGCAAAGAUAGUACCGCCCGGCAUAAGUUGAUUGAUGCUCGCACGGUCAGUCAGCUUGUCCUACCCUCACAAUCGCUCAAAUAUGGAGAUUUGGCAAAACGAUUUCCUCACCUGCGUGGUCUUCCGCUAGAAGACUACGAGCUCGUCCAACCCAAGUUGUUGAUAGGGCUGGACAAUCUACGAUUGUGUGUUCCGUUGAAGCUGCGUGAAGGGGGACCAAGAGAUCCAAUCGGUGCAAAGUGUAGGCUGGGUUGGAGCAUCUAUGGCUGCAUUCCUGGUCAACCAUUGCGUACGGCUAUCGUUAGCUUCCACGUCGGUGCAGUUUCGGACGCUGAUCGCGAGCUAAACGAGCAGCUUCAUGGUUAUUUCACCUUGGAGGAUGUGGGCGUAUCGGGGUCACGUAGUAUUCCGGAAUCCGAGGAAGAGAAGCGAGCCCAAAAGCUUCUAGCGGAUACGACGCGACGGGUGCCGGUCGGAUCCUGCUAUGAAACCGGACUGUUGUGGAGAACCGACAACCCCAGUUUUCCUGACAGCUACCCCAUGGCUGUACGUCGUUUAGAAGCGCUGGAGCGGAAACUUGUCAGCAAACCGGAGUUAGAGCGUCGAGUGCGAGAACAAAUCGUGGAAUAUUUGCAUAAGGGGUACGCGCACAAAGCAAGUCUAUCCGAAUUGACUUCAGUCGAUGCCGAACGGGUGUGGUACCUACCCCUAGGAGCUGUUACGAAUCCGAGAAAGCCUGGAAAGGUACGCCUUAUCUGGGAUGCUGCGGCGAAGGUAGGCAACGUUUCCUUCAACUCCAAGCUGCUCAAAGGACCAGAUCUGUUGUCACCUCUUCCAAAAGUUCUGAGCCAGUUUCGUCAGUUCCCCAUUGCCGUUUGUGGAGACAUCAUGGAAAUGUUCCAUCAAAUAAGGAUACGCGCUCCCGACAACCAGUCCCAACGAUUCCUGUUCCGCGACAGCCCAGCAGAUCAUCCUGUUGUGUACGUGAUGGACGUCGCCACAUUUGGCUCAACGUGCUCUCCGGCCUCUGCACAAUACAUAAAGAACCUUAACGCCGAGGAACAUUCUGGGGAGUAUCCACGAGCAGCAGCUGCAAUCAUAAACAAACACUACGUGGACGAUUACUUGGACAGCUUCGAGACCGUCCAAGAAGCGAUCUCGGUCGUCAACGAAGUUAAGCUCGUGCAUUCCAAGGGUGGAUUUACAUUGCGGCACUUCUCAUCCAACGAAGCGGAAGUUCUGAAGGGAAUCGGAGCAAAUUCGGAAUGCGAACCAAAAAGCCUGGACCUGGAGCGAGGAGAGAAGUUAGAAUCAGUGCUCGGCAUGAAGUGGAUUCCUCACGAAGAUGUGUUUGUGUACGCUUUAGGCCUGAGAGAGGACCUGCAGUACAUACUCGACGAAAACCACAUUCCUACCAAACGAGAAAUCGCAAGAGUGGUGAUGAGCUUGUUCGACCCCCUCGGGUUCAUCUCCUUUUUCCUCGUGCACGGUAAAAUCUUGCUGCAAGACGUGUGGGCGAAAGGUACGGAGUGGGAUCAACAAAUACCGGACGACAUCAAAGGCCGGUGGCAGCAAUGGUCGGGUCACUUCAACCAACUGGCCCACAUUCGCAUUCCCCGGUGCUAUUUUCCCACGCCUUUUCCUCCAAAUCUUGACAGUCUUCAACUUCACCUGUUCGUCGACGCUAGCGAGUCGGCAUACGCUUCCGUUGCGUAUUUCCGGUUGGAGACAAAAAGAGGCGUACAAGUGGCACUCGUCGGCGCAAAAACCAAAGUAGCUCCCUUGAAAACAAUCUCGAUCCCUAGACUGGAACUGAAAGCGGCCGUCCUAGGGACACGCCUGCUGGAGAUCAUCCAGAACCAGCACGAGUUCUCGAUUCGUCGUCGGUAUUGCUGGAGCGAUUCUGGAACAGUACUUGCGUGGAUUCGCUCCAAGGAUCACAGGCGUUUCCACAAAUUUGUCGCCGUCCGUGUCGGCGAAAUCCUAAGUUCAACGGAGCAAACCGAAUGGAAAUGGGUGCCGACAAAGCUCAACGUAGCCGACCUAGCAACCAAGUGGGGUGCCGGACCGCAUUUGGCAAUGGAUAGUCCUUGGUUCCAGGGACCAAACUUUCUUCGCGAUGCCGAGGCUAGCUGGCCGCAACAGCGGCAGAUAACGCCAACGACUGCAGAACUGCGGACUGUCCAUUCCAACUUCGCACAUUUCGAUCCAAUCUUUGACUUUGCUCGCUUCAAUUCAUGGGCAAAACUGCAUCGCUCAGUGGCGUACAUACUACGGUUCCCUGACAACCUCAGGCGGAAGAAGAGUGGUCGUACUCUAGAGCUCGGCGUACUUACUAGUGCCGAACUGCGGCGCGCCGAAGAACUCCUCUGGAAAACCGCUCAAACCGAAGUGUACCCUAAUGAAGUUGCGAUUCUUAUGAAAUCUCAAGGUCCUCCUGAACUCCGUCACAACGUAGUAGAGAAAUCCAGCAGAAUCUACACCAAAUGGCCAUAUCUUGAUGAGAGAGGAAUCUUGCGCAGUCGUGGCCGAAUCGGAGCCGCACCGUACGUACCGUUAGAAGCAAAAUAUCCAGCAAUUCUCCCAAAAGAGCAUGUUGUCACCUUUCUGAUUGUCGACUGGUACCAUCGUCGGUUUCGUCACGCUAAUCGAGAGACGAUCGUGAACGAGAUUCGCCAGCGCUUUGACAUCCCGACAUUGAGACGACUGGUCGACCAAGUUGCCAAGAACUGCGCAUGGUGUCGAAUUGCAAAGGCGGCUCCAAAACCACCAGCGAUGGCGCCGCUCCCAGAAAUGCGGCUGACUGCCUUUGUGCAACCGUUCGUGUUCACCGGGCUGGAUUACUUCGGUCCAGUUCUCGUCAAGUUAGGCCGAAGCAAUGUGAAACGGUGGGUGGCGCUCUUUACCUGCUUGACCACCAGAGCUAUCCACUUGGAGGUUGUGCACUCCUUGAGCACGGAGUCGUGCAUAAUGGCGGUACAACGUUUCGUCUCUCGUCGUGGUCUUCCAAGAGAAUUUUGGUCCGACAACGCCACAUGCUUUCAAGGAACGAGCAACGAACUACAGACGAUCUCCGAAGCUACGAAGCGGGCCAUUGCGGAGAAGUUUACCACAUCGCAGACAGCGUGGAAAUUCAUCCCUCCUGCAACACCCCAUAUGGGCGGAGUAUGGGAGAGACUUGUGCGCUCGGUCAAGGUAGCCAUCGGAGCGAUAAUUGAUGGACCACGUAGACCGGACGACGAAACACUAGAGACGAUCCUGCUUGAGGCUGAAUCGAUGAUCAACGCCAGACCGCUCACCUACGUUCCACUCGAAUCCGCAGAUGCGGAGGCGCUGACGCCCAACCAUUUUCUAUUGGGCAACUCGUCUGGUUCCAAGUUUCUCCCUUCAGAACAAAUGGACAUCCGUUCAACACUCCGAAGCAGCUGGAAACUGGCCAGAUUCAUUACCCACGAAUUCUGGAACCGGUGGCUAAAGGAAUACCUUCCUGUUAUUACGCGGAGGUGCAUGUGGUUUCAGGAAGUAAAGAAUCUGGAAGUAGGAGAUCUAGUUCUUAUCGUCGACGGGAAGAUAAGGAACCAGUGGAUUCGAGGACGGAUCGAAGAAGUCUACCCUGGCCGAGACGGUAGAGUGCGACAGGCGAUGGUGCGCACGUCGACAGGGGUCAUCCGAAGAGCAGCCAAGAAGUUAGCUGUUCUGGACGUCUUGGAUAGUCGUAAACCUACUCUCAGUGUUCCAGGGGUCCCAGAGCCUCAGCAAGGUUUACGGGCGGGGGUAUGUGCCGACAGGACCCCUGGUUCUGGCAACACUAGCCGGCACAGCACUACGGCGACUAAUGACAGAGCGAACCAACAUGACAUGGGCCUUACACGUCAUGCUGCGACCCUCGAUGAGCAGGAUAAAGUGCAUUGUCAUGAUUAG